AUAACUUUCGUUUUCUUUCAGUCAGAAAUAACGCGUGACUAGCAGCCGCGCACCUAGUAAACCCCACGCCCCCGGCGAAGAUAGUUUUCUAAAUUUUUACCACCGAUGCUGUACCCUUACUUAUUUCAUCUCCUUUUCUUUUUUCCCUUCGCCCCUACUCUUCAGUCGUCUUUCGCUGUGCUGUGCCUCUCAACAAGUUACAGAUUCAUCUCUUCAAAUCUCUUCCAAAAAUCCAAAACUCUCAUCACUCUCUUAUUUCCUCAUCUGGCUGUCUUUAUUGUCCUCUCAGAUCACAUUUUCUUUCUUGACACAAACUCUCUAGCUUCCUUUUGUACUCGACCACUAAUCUAAAAGAACGAGGAGAACUGAACAUAAAGUACAGGUUAUUGGAUGUUUUCAGGUGUUUCGAUGGGUUUAAUCUGAUUUUGGGAAUAUGGGUCCUUGUUCAAAGGUGCAAGUGGCAUCUGUUUCUUCGGAAGUCAGCCUCAGUUGAAAUUUAGGUUGGUAAAGCUUGAGGUUUUUACUUGGACAAUGGGAAGAGGCAGAGGUAAGGGAAAGAAACAGCCUGUUCGUGAGGAUCUCGGAAGUGGUGAAGAAGAGAAGAUGCCACCAGUUAGGAGAAGAGGAAGGCCACAAAAGCCAUUGAAGGAUGACAUAGAGGAUGAGAUAGAGGAGGAAGCUGAGAAGGUGGAGGGAGGUGAAGAAAAUGAUAAAGCUGGUGAAAAUGGGAAGAAGAGAAAGCGUGAUUCACAAGCUACGGAGAAUGGUGAUUUGGGUAAAGAAGAAAACGGCGUGGGAGAUAAAAGCAAUCCGGAUGACUUAAUAAAGCCAGUAGGGUUCAGACAGAUUGGGAGCAGAAGGAAGAACAAACCUCGUCGAGCAGCUGCAGUUGGGGUUGAGUGCAGAUGAAGAAAUUGGAGGCUGCAGGAAGCUUAUGCUGUGUUGGUUUAAUAUGUGCCUUUUGUUUUGUUUUGUUUUGGCUUAUGGUUUUGAAUUUUGAUUUUGGAAACUCCGGUUUAAAGUUAAUCAAGAAUUCGGUUUUUGUGAAGAAUAAUCCCAUUAAUCUUUUACCUCGUGCAUUUUCUGUUUUAUUUUACGGAAUAGCUAUCACAUUUGAAUCUGGA